AUGAGAAUCGGACGUAAUGUAUUUAUUGUCACCCAAACGGGUCCCGAAGUGAUGCCCAUCACAGAUGAUGUCCAACUGCCCACAUAUGAAGAGCUCGACGUCCAGGAGAUCAAUAUAUCGCAUCCGGUGAUGAAGGCGUCGGCCAUGCAUUUCGGCAAAUAUUGCGAUAAAGUUUCAAAGGAAUUCAUGUUAUGUCGCAUCGAAGAGAGGGAUCCGCGAAAGUGUAUACCGGAGGGGAAGGCCGUCACCUCUUGUGGUCUCGAUUUCUAUCGUCAGGUGAAGCAAAACUGUCGAAACGAAUUGGAAAAGUUGUCCAAAUGUAUGGAAUGGACUGAUUAUGACCUCAAGUUCUGGUAUUGUCGCAAAGAGCAGGGACUGUACGACCAGUGUAUGAGCGAGAAGAUGGGUAUCGAUCGGCCGCCGUUCGGCUACUUUACUCAGGUUAGGGUUCACGACACGGCGCGACCGCAACCCUCCCCAACAGCGCCCGAAUUUAAGGACCGCACCAUCGGUUUGCCCGAAGACUUCCCGGUCGAGGAGUCGAAGUACGGGUGGAGGCACUGGUGGUUCUUCUGAACACAUCCAUCACUAUUUGAUUAUUAGAUUCAAUUCUUUCGGUAGUUUUGUUUUUAGUUGAGAUAUAAUUAGGAAAUUUAUUGUAACAAAUAUUCUACUAUUGUUUAGGAUUUAAAUUAAUUAAAAGCAGUUCUUGUGCUUAAAAGACAAACAUA